AUGGUCACCAAUUCAAUGUCAGAGCAAACGAUUCUAGUGUCACGAAUACCAGCGGAAACAAUACCGGAAAUCCACCAUGUUAAUGGCGAAACGUGGUACAACCAGGUCCAGAAACCAGUUGGGUACUUCAGAACACCAGAGAAAUUCAUCGAAAGCAUGAAAAUGAUGAACGCGUUGUUCAUACCCUUGGCCAUCACAGCAAAUCCGACCGAGACCAAUUGGCAAGUACCAGCAGACGAAACUCAAGGUACCGGUAAGAAAUCCCCAUGGCAGCUCAGCAAGCAAAGAACCAGAAAUAAAGGCGUACCAGCUGUAUGCCUUAGAAGGUCUUUCACGGACCUCGUAAACAUCUCUGUAUGCAGUGAAAAGUGGAAGCAAUUGCUGGAAAUAAACCAUACCAGGCAUACACAUCAAGUAGAUGGAAAGCAUCUGGUUUUGCAGUCCUUGCUUAGACCUUUUAGCAUGGAAGAAAGUGAAACCGUUGAACAGGGACACAGCAAUGGCCAUCAAAAACUUACUCCACAAGUAAGAUGGAGUUCUGAGGUAUUGUUGAAGGUUACGCCUAGUAACCAUCUUCAACUGGAACAGGAAGGAGGUUGCAAACUCGCUGUCUUUUGCCUUUUCAGCAGCGUCCGGAGCCACAGCAUUCUCUUCAAGUGCACGCAGUUCCUCCAAAACGGCAGCUCUUUCUGGAGACUUGAGCCAAACAUCGUGGUAGUCUAUCUUGGAAUGGAAUCCUGGCGCAGCACCAAUGACUUCCAGCAUCCACUCGGCAGGGUUGGCGUUUGCUGGACAUGGCUCGGCGCCGUUCUUUUCAAAGUAGUCAAUCAAAGUCUGGGAAUGUGGACCAAGGUCCCCAAAGUAAACGGUCUUACCACCUCUAGCAAGGAAGAGUAG